AUGUCAGAACCCUCCGUGGAAUAUGAGUAUACGGGAGCCCCGGUCCAGGCCUCCUUCCACGGCUUCCUCUUUGACAUGGAUGGGACCAUAAUUGAUUCCACAGAAGCCGUCGUCAAGCACUGGCACACAGUCGGGAAUGAGAUAGGCGUCGAGCCUGAGGUGAUCCUGCAAACAUCCCACGGCCGACGCAGUAUAGACAUCCUAAAGAUAUUAGCCCCUGAAAAGGCAAAUUGGGAGUAUGUCCAACACAUGGAGGGUCUUUUACCCAAGCUCCACGGCGAAGAUGCCGUGGAGAUUCCCGGAGCACGCGCCUUGCUGCAGAAGGUCAUUGAUGCCCAAAUACCAUGGGCGAUCGUCACGUCCGGAACGGUACCAUUGGUGAGCGGCUGGUUGAAAAGACUGAGCCUGCCGACGCCAGAGCAUCUCAUCACGGCGGAGUCAGUGCAAAAUGGAAAGCCAGACCCGAGUUGCUAUAUCAUGGGGCGUGAGAGACUCGGUCUCACGGGCGACAACUCCAGUGUCCUAGUCCUGGAAGACAGCCCGGCGGGCAUCAGAGCAGGCAAGGCUGCUGGAUGCAAGGUCCUGGGACUGGUAACGAGCCACACUGCGGAACGGGUCCUCAGUGCUGAGCCGGACUGGGUUGUCAAGGACCUGGAGUCGGUGAGGAUCGUGGAGAGCAAAGACGGCGUAGUGACAUUGGAGUUUACCAAUGGGCUUAUGACAGCGGGAAAGCAGAAGUAA